CGUUCUUAAAAUCGUCCAUUUUAUCCAUAAUAUUUCAAUUUCGUAAUUGACAAUCAGUAAAAAUUCGGCCAAGAUUUCACUGAAAAUGCCUAAAUAUACUUACGAUAAGUUUAUUGGUACCGAAUUUGAAGUGAUUUUAGAUUAUUUGAGGAAAAGAAGACGAAUGAGGAGUUCAAACACAAAUAUGACUCCUGAAGAAUUCGAACAGAAAUAUCCGAAGAAAAAGUGCUCGUUUAGAGGAUGCGAAUCAACGUUUUCUUAUGCACAUAAUUUAAUUAUUCAUUUGAAUACUCAUCAUCCGGAUUAUUAUAAACGAAUAACGAAUGCACCUGCUUCACACCAACCGAUUGCCGGUCCUUCUCAUCAAGAUAUAAUAAGAAGAACAGAUCAAGAACCUGUGGAAACAACCGAUCAGAAGUCAAUAGAAGCAACCGAUCAAGAACCUAUGGAAACAACCGAUCUGGAUCCUAUGGAAACAUCUGGUAUAGGGAUUGCCGAAACUAUCUUUCCAUUUCAACAACAUUAUUCACAAACUUUAACAUAUAAAAGUGAUAAUUCGAUGAUUCCGGAACCACUAGAUUUUGAAAAAAGUGAAUCCGAUGUGGACGAUGAUGAAUCCGAUGAGGACAAUGAUGAAUCCGAUGAGUACAAUGUUGAAUUAGGUGAAAUUAAUGAAUUUUACGAAAGUUGUUUGAAACCGGACCCAAAACACAAUUCUUAUUUGGUUUCAACAAUGAAGUUAUUGGAAAAAGAUGAACGAGAUUUUUUGAAACAAUACAUUGCUGAAUUAAUGGAAUUUAGACUGAAAAAAUCAAUUCCAAACGCUCAUGCAGAAGGAUUCGGCAAAAUAAUCUCAAGAAAAUUCAUAGAAGCUGAACGUUAUCCGGAAUAUGUCAGGGAACAUAUGGCAAAAUAUUCUUCGAGUUGUUAUUUGCAGAAUAAAUUCCUCGAAAUACAAAAUAACUAUCUUAAACCAACACAGGUAUUAAGUUCCAUUCGAUUCUUUGUUUCGGCUCUUAUCAUAAUAUUUUUAGAUUUCUCACCCAAGUGGAAUCGAUAUUCAAUAUUUUUCGGUUGAAGGUAUUUUGAGGUCAAUCAUCAAUCAACAUCCAUCAUUGAUUGAUUCAAUCGCUAGAG